AUGGCCGAGACGAAACUUUUCGAGCCGCUUGAGCUGGGCACGGUUCACCUUCAACACCGUGUGGUUAUGGCACCUUUGACCCGACUUCGUGCCGACAAGGACCACGUCCAAUUGCCAAUUGCCGUGGAAUACUACUCGCAAAGGGCAUCAGCAGGNGGUCUCAUCAUCGCAGAAGCAGUCCUCAUCUCUCCUGAACACGGUGGCUUCAGAAACGCACCAGGCAUAUACACUGAAGCUCAAAUUCAGCGAUGGAAGGAAAUCACUGAUGCAGUUCAUGCCAAAGGNGGGUUUAUCUAUGCUCAACUGGUUUCGGUGGGUAGAGUCGCAGACACUACUCUCUUGAAGGAAGAAGGGGAUUUCCCUCUACUGAGUUCGAGCGAGACGCCAUUCACCGAGGGACCAGACUCACUCCCUCAUGCCUUGACCAAGGAUGAAAUAAAAAGAGCAGCAGACAUCUUUGCCCAAGCAAGUACAAAUGCAAUCAAAGCAGGCUUCGACGGCAUAGAAUUGCACGGCGCAAACGGCUACCUCAUCGACCAAUUCACCCAAGACACCUGCAACCGCCGCACCGACUCCUAUGGCGGCAAUAUCGAGAACCGCUCUCGGUUUGCCCUUGAAGUCACUGCUGCUUGCGUCAAUGCCAUCGGUGCUGAUCAUGUCGGUUUCCGCAUCAGUCCUUUUAGCACUUUCCAAGGCAUGAAGAUGCAAGACCCCCUCCCCCAAUUCUCGCACUUGGUCACCGAACUCAAGAAGCAAAAUUUGGCUUAUUUGCACAUCAUCGAGUCUCGCGUUAUCAACAAUGUUGAUUGUGAAAAGACUGAAGGUAUUGAGCCGUUCCUGGAGAUUUGGGGUAAUGUAUCUCCUGUCCUGGUUGCUGGUGGCUUUUCUCCUCAAUCGGCAAAGACUGCGGUUGAUGAGGAAUAUAAAGAGUAUGAUGCUGCUGUUGUGUUUGGACGUCAUUUCAUCGCCAAUCCGGACUUGCCGGCGAGGAUUGAGAAGGGGUUGGGGUUGAACAAGUAUGAUAGGAGUACGUUUUAUGCUCCUAUGCAGAAGGAAGGGUAUUUGGACUAUCCGUUUUAUGAGCAGAGUAAGGAGGUGGAAAUCCAGGCAUGA